AUGUUCCACUGCCAAGUUUACGUUAUUUCCUUUCUAUUAUUAAUAAUAAUGAAUGUCAAUAGUGUGACAUCGUUCAAUAAAACACAGUCAAAAGAUAUUCAUUUAGAAGCACCUCAUUUGAGUGAUAAAAUUCGUAGUAAUCGACCGCGUCUUAAACCACUGGCAAAUGUUAAUAGAAGUAGAACAACACCUACAAUAGUUACUAAUCAAAAUGUAUUUAAUCCAUGUAACGGUACAUAUAUAAAAACUAAUGGAACAACUUGUGGUCUUAAAGAAAUAAUGAUUGGUCGUUGUCAUGACUAUCAAUAUGUUAAACAUAGUCUUUUUCUAACAAAUCAAUCUAGCAUAAAAAAUUGUACAAAACUUUAUGAAGUAUUUGAAUCAGCAGUUCGAUAUAAAUCAUACUGUAAUAUGAAUAUGAGUACAUAUGAACGUUACUUUGAUCUAGCACUCGAUGGCGUACAUGUCAUUAAUCGGGCAAUGUUUUGGAGUGGUACAUAUGCUAUUACUCAUACUUAUAGUGGUAAUGGUCGCAAUUAUGUAACUUUAGAAGAUACGCUGGCAGCAGCUAUGGUUGAUGGUCUUAUAUGGUGUGGAAAAGAAAAUGAUACGGAAGGUUUUGAUUUUGUUAGUUGUCCAUAUACUUGUAAAAGUAAUCAAUGGGCUGAUUUGGCUUUUUGGGGAUUGGCAUCAAAAACGUUUGCACAAUUAGCAGUCGGUGAAAUUUAUGUUGUUUUAAAUGGAAGCCAAGCACAUGGUAAAUCAGCAUUUCGUAAUAAUUCUUUUUUUUCUUCUUUUGAACUUCCUAAUUUACGCCGAAAUGGUACAUACCGUGUUACAAAAGUCAAUACUCUUGUUUUACAUUCACCUGAUGAAAUAGCUGUAGAAAAAUGUGGUGAAAAAAGUCUUCUUGAUUUAGAAAAAUUAGUUCGAAGCCAUGGCUUUGAUUAUGCAUGUAAAGAUGAUCCAGAAGAAUUAAUUUUAAUUAUGUGUAGUGACAAAUGGGAAGCACGUGAAUGUCAAAUAGCUCGAGAAGUCUUACGACAAACAUGGAAUAUAAAAUUAUAUGGAAAAUCAAAUAGCAAUCGAAAUUCAUUAUCUUUAAUUGUCUUUUCGUGUCUUUUCUUUAUUCAAUAUUAUAGUUUGAAAAUAAUUUCAGGUUAA